UGUGGGCGGAUGUUAUUGGCACAUCCGUACACUACUUUGUUUAUUGAGCUAACAAAAAUAUGUGAAAAAGAAAAAACUAGGCGUGACAGCAUUGUCUCCACCAAAACUGCGGCGCCCCCCCCACGAAGCUCCUGUCAAACAGUUGACAGGACAAGAUUAAGAUUGGCCAUUUGCGCACGAGAGAGAAGCACUGCUUGUACAACCAUGGAAUCAACAACAAUUGAAUUUGCCGUUGACAUGACUUGCGACUCUUGCGUUGAAUUAGUUAAAAACAAUUUGGCUGGUGUUUCUGGAAUUGAAAAUGUUCAAAUAAAUUUGGAAAAGAAGCAAGUUGUAAUUCAAAGUAAGUUGUCGACGUUACAGUUAUUGAAAAUUCUGGAAAGCACUGGAAAGAAGGUUGCUGUGAAAGGAUAUGCUGGUAGUCAAGCAGCAGUGUCCAUUUUGGAAGCAGGGAAUUCAAAUAUUAAUGGAGUAAUUCGUUUCAUACAAGCAACUCCUAAUACUUGUAUAAUCGAUGGCACUGUUGAUGGUUUGAAUGCUGGUUUAUAUCACAUUUUUAUUCACGAAUGUGGAGAUAUAUCCGCAGGUUGUGAUAAUGUUGGCAAUGUUUUCAACCCUGAGGGUACCCCAAUUGGACGGACCUAUGGAGAUUUAGGAGAGAUACAAAGUGAUAGUUCUAUGCGAGCAGAAUUUCGUUUGGAAAAUGGCAUUGUUAAAGUUUCAGAAAUAAUAGGUAGAGCAUUUGUUAUUUCAAAUAAAUCAGAAGAUAAAAGAAAUUGGAAAAAACUAGUUUGUGGGGUAAUAGCUAGGUCUGCAGGUCUCUUCCAAAAUCCAAAAUCAAUAUGUGCAUGUGAUGGAACUACCAUUUGGGAUGAGGUAGUCAAGGCUAAGUCUACAUUGUAAAUUAUAGUGAUUAUAGACUCAGGAAACAUUCCAAUUUUGACAACACUGAUGAGCAAAAAUGUAUCAACUCACAACAAAUCAUCGACAUUUCAAUACCAGUCCUAUUUCAAUAGUACAUUUUGCAAACUCUUGGAGUGAAAUUAAAAUCCAUCUAAGAAUGAUAUAAACUUGAAGUAACGAGCAUUUGGGUUGACACUGUAUUGCUGAUCAGUAUCAGAGUGUAUCUUGUGAAGAUAACUUCAAUUGAAUAUCAAUGAUAUACUUCAGGGGUGAUUAAAAUAAUUGGGUUGUAUUUUUGGCAGUAGAUUAUUCAUUCUGUUGAGGUUAUGGUCUAGAUGUGAGAAAUAUAGUAAAAAUGGUUUCUAUGAGAAUGUUAA